AUGGCCGUGCCACCAAAGUUCGCAGCUCACAAACUCACCUUCGGAGCGCCCAAGCCCUCCACCGAUGGCGUCCCCUCGCAGCCGCACACCAUCGAGCUCUACCUCGACUAUGUCUGCCCCUACUCGGCCAAGCAGUUCAACACCUUUUACAACGCCGUCGUGCCCGCCAUCCGCGGUAACCCAGCCUGGGCCGCCAACCUCGAGGUCAUCUUCCGCCAGCAGGUCCAGCCCUGGCACCCCUCCAGCACGCUUGUCCACGAGUCCGCCGUCGCCGUCGUCAAAGUCGCGCCGCACAAGUUCUGGGCGUACAGCGACGCGCUCUUCAAGGCGCAAAAGGACUACUUUGACGUCAACGUCGUCAACGAGCCGCGUAACGACACGUACAAGCGCCUCGCGAAACUCGCGGGCUCGGUGGGCAUCGACGAGAAGCAGGUCCUGGACCUGCUAGUCGUGUCGGACAAGCCGGACGCCGAGGGCGCGCUCAACGUCGGCAACGGCGUGACGAACGACUUCAAGGUGCUCAUCAAGCUCGCGCGGUUGACUGGCGUGCACGUCAGCCCGACAGUGCUGUUUGACGGGUACCCGAACAAUGAAAUCAGCUCCGGCUGGACGCUCGACCAGUGGAAGGAGUGGCUCCAGAAGAACAUUGUUUGA